AUGUGGAGGCUGAAGGUGAGUGAAGGUGGCGGGCCGUGGCUGUGAUCGGAGAACGGCUUCCUCGGCAGGCAGGUGUGGGAGUUCGACGCCGACGCUGGCACGCCGGAGGAGCGCGCCGAGGUCGAGAGGCUGCGUCAGGACUUCACCCGCCACCGCUUCCAGAAGAAAGAGUCCCAGGACCUCCUCCUGCGCAUGCAGUAUGCAAAACAAAACCACCUUGUAGAAAAUAUUCCUGCCGUGAAGCUUGAAAAGGGUGCAGAGGUUACAGAGGAGAUUCUAUUAACUUCAUUGAAGCGAGCUAUGAAUCAGUAUUCUGCUCUACAAGCACAUGAUGGGCAUUGGCCUGGUGAUUACAGUGGAAUUCUGUUCAUUAUGCCAAUAUUUAUAUUUGCUCUGCAUGUUACUGGGUCCAUUAAUGUCGUGUUAUCGUUAGAGCAUCGACGAGAGAUACUACGCUACAUUUACAACCAUCAGAAUGAAGAUGGAGGUUGGGGCACACAAGUGUUGGGGCCAAGUAGCAUGUUUGGAUCAUGCUUGAACUAUGCUACAUUGAGGCUUCUUGGCGAGGCGCCAAAUGGCGAGAAUGAUGCGUUGGCCAAAGGGCGUGCUUGGAUUUUAACCCACGGAAGUGCAACUGCGAUACCACAAUGGGGAAAGAUAUGGCUCUCUAUAAUUGGUGCUUAUGAAUGGUCAGGAAAUAAUCCAAUAAUUCCUGAAUUGUGGAUGGUUCCAUAUUUUCUUCCAAUCCAUCCAGGACGAUUUUGGUGUUUUUGCCGUUUGGUGUAUAUGCCCAUGGCUUACCUUUAUGGGAAGAAAUUUGUUGGGCCCAUCACUGAAACUAUACUGGAAUUAAGAGAGGAGCUCUAUAGCAUACCAUAUGACACUAUUGACUGGAACAAGGCUCGUCAUUCUUGUGCCAAGGACGACCUUCGCUAUCCUCGCUCAGAGUUGCAAAAUAUUAUUUUCAGUUGUCUCAACAAGUUUGUGGAGCCAAUGUUAAAUUGCUGGCCAGUUAACAAGCUGCGAGAGAAAGCUUUGGACAACCUCAUGGAGCACAUCCACUAUCAAGAGAAAACUACCAAAUACAUUUGUAUUUGUCCUAUUGAUAAGGCACUAGACAUGAUUUGCUGCUGGGUAGAAAAUCCAAAUUCAGAUGCAUUCAAGAAGCAUCUUCCAAGGAUUUAUGAUUACUUGUGGCUUGCAGAAGAUGGCAUGAAGGCACAGGUUUAUGAUGGCUGUCAGAGCUGGGAGACAGCAUUCAUAGUUCAAGCCUUUUGCUCAACAGAUCUUGCCAAUGAAUUUAGUCAAACUCUAGAAAGAGCAUACGAUUUUAUCAAAAAAUCACAGGUUCUUGAAAAUCAUAUAAAUUACGAAAGCUAUUAUCGUCAUAAAUCAAAGGGUUCAUGGACACUUUCAACAGCAGACAACGGAUGGUCUGUAUCAGAUUGUACAGCAGAAGCUCUCAAGGCAUUACUGUUGUUGUCAAAGAUUUCACCCAAACUUGUUGCCCAACCAAUAAAACAGGAAAGGUUAUAUGAUGCCAUUGACAGCAUCCUUUCUUUUAUGAACAAAGACGGAACCUUUUCAACAUAUGAAUGUAAAAGAACAGUCUCUUGGAUAGAGAUUCUCAAUCCUUCUGAGAGCUUUAUAAACAUCGUCGUGGAUUAUCCAUCUGUUGAAUGCACAUCAUCAGUUCUCGAAGCUUUGACAUUGUUCAAAGAGCUAUAUCCACCAUACCGUGCCAAAGAGAUCAAAAAAUGUAUUAAGGAUUGUGCUAUGUUUAUUGAGAACAAACAACGAAAGGAUGGUUCAUGGUAUGGAACUUGGAGCAUAUGUUUCACUUAUGGAACCAUGUUUGCAAUAAAAGGAUUGGUUGCUGCUGGAAGCACAUAUGAUACUAGUUCUUGCAUCAGGAAAGCAUGCAAAUUUCUGUUGUCAAAGCAACAAAUUACAGGUGGAUGGGGGGAAAGCUAUCUAUCUAGCGAAACAGAGGAUUAUGUUGAUGGAGGUACUCCUCAUGCAGUAAACACUGCUUGGGCAAUGUUAGCUUUGAUUUAUGCCGGCCAGGUUGAGCGCGAUCCAGUACCAUUAUGUCAUGCUGCAAGAGAAUUGAUCAACAUGCAGCUAGAGACAGGCGAGUUCCCCCAACAGGAACACGUUGGGUGCUUUAACUCCUCCCUCUACUACAACUAUGCCAACUAUCGCAACUUAUUCCCCAUUUGGGCCCUUGGAGAAUUUCGCCGACGGCUUCUCGCAAACAAGAGCUUAUCUCAGUGCAUAUGAUUACCGUACUGUAAUACGCAUGCCCAAGGUGGAAAUAAGAAAGCAUUGUUCUUGUUCCCAACUUUUCCCUGAAAAUACAAAAUCAAAUUGCUCUAUGCUGACAUGGAAACUGAUGUGUUUGAUGAAUCGAUCACUUAGAUGCAAACUUGGCAAGGUCCAUAGUUUGCACAAACUUAGCCAUCAAGUAGAGGCAGAACUAUUUGCUCAGCGAAAUAUAAUUAAAAAAUAGAAAUUAAAUUAUGACUGCUGCUGAGGACCAGGUGACAUGCAGCAGGAGUUACUUUAGGAGGGAUAAUUAGUUGUAAUAUUACCAAUGUGGCAGGGCCAUUGAUGCACAUGUCGGCAUGUGCGACGUGGACGACGAUCAGGGCCUCACCCUGCAAGGGGCCCCAUCUUUGUAUCUAUUAAGCUUAUUUUAAUAAGUUGAUCUAUGUCAUAUGAAGUUAAUUAGGUACAUGAUAUUAACUUGGCUAUUCAUCUCACUUGCACCGUGAAUAGCUGUCUCAUA